AGUAAUCCUCCGUUUAUUGUACCAAUUUUGCUGCAUUAGAGAGCGAGGGUCUGACUAAAAGGGCCAUCCACUCUCUCUCUCCCCUCUUCUUUCUUCCUCUCUCAAUUAUAAAAUGGCUACUCUCAAGGAUGCCAUUACGAACGUGGAUUGCCUCAAGGAGCUCUCCCUCCCAGACGAACAGCCCAUCAUAGAGCCGGAGCCAACCUCACUCGUCUACGAGGUCUCCUUCGACACCAACUUUGCUGACAGGACGGCCUUCAUUACAGGCAUAGGACGCUAUAACGAAGAAGCCACCAUCUGCUCCAACUUGAACGUUAUUCUAGAUCAAGGCGAGGACUAUGCUGGUACUCUUUAUACAUGGCGCUCGCUCUCUCGUGCCGUGCCUGCCAUCAAAGCUCAUGACCAAGCCAAUAGGUUAGAGAUAUACGAGAAGACCGUCCACGUCCUUGGCCCGGAGGUUGCUAAAGCCAAAGACCUCAUGAGGUUCUUAAACUCUGCCAUUACAAGGUUCUGUGAGGAGAUUCGUCUCCUAGCCCAUCCCGAGAGAAAGAAGGACUUCAUAUCAGAAACAUACCUCAUGACGCUUGCUAAACUAAUCAACAUGUUUGCUACUCUGGACUCUCUCAAAAACAUGAAGGCUUGUAUCAAUAACGAUCUCGCCUGUUACAAGAGAGCUGAGAAUAUUCUCAAUAGAGGUAAUGUUGAUGCCUUUGCUAUUGAAGAGUCUCAGACGAUAUCCAUCUUCUUUGCUACUAACAACAGCAUCACCAAUGAACUGAAGAAACACUUGGAAGAGGUUCCUGGUUAUGAGGAUGUUUUGGUUGAGACCAUUAACCUCUGCUGUCAGUAUUACGAGGAGCAGCUGUUUGUACUGCCUAAUGAGAAAUACAUUUUAUUAAAGGCUAUUGGGUAUGGUAUGGUCCUCUUGGAUGGAAAUGUUGUCAAUAUAAAUCGACUCAAGAAACUGAACAUAUCACGAGUGGACAAACUCUUCAAACUGCUACCAGUGGCUCCCUUAUACGGUGAUGUCCAGAUACGUUUUGCUGACUGGAUAAGGCAGUUACCUCAUUACGAUCAGUCCAAGUGGACCUGCACUAGUGAGCAGCAGGAAGAGAAGGUCACCGUCGCAAUUCAGAAUCGUGUGGAGGUCAUUCGAUCAGAGCACGUUAGAUUCAUAUCAGAACUAGCCCGCUAUAACAAUGAAAUUAUCACAAAGAAGCAGUUUGAGUUGAAUGACCAGAGAGCUAAGGAGCUGACAGAGAUGGCCCAGCAGGGAAUCAAACUGCUAACAUCAUGGACCACUGCAGUAAUGGAACUGUCCCCCCUCUCUCAGGCAACACGUUACAAUUACAACUCAGAAGAGAAGUAUGCACUGGUUGAGGUCAUUGGUAUGAUAAAGGGUCUGUCACUUCUCAUGCAUCGAAUGGAGCGACACUUCUCUGAGGCCAUCAGAUAUCACACCUACCUCCAGGUACAGGACUUUGUACAGAGAACACUGAGGGAGAGCAUCAGAGUAUCAGUCAAGAAGAAGAAACUGCAAGCAAAAACUAUCCUGCUGGCUAUCAGAGAUGUUUGCUGUGACUGGUUGGAUGGUAAGGAGAGGACUGAUGACCCUGCACUCAGAGGAGAGAAGGAUCCUAAGAUUGGAUACAAUAUCAAACUACCUCGCCGCAGGAUCAGAGUAUCAGGAACUCAGUUGUACAUGAUGAGGACUAUGUUAGAGUCUCUUAUAUCGGAGAAAGGUAACGCUAAGAAGAACCUUCGGUCCGACCUCCACCAGUCCUCAGUCCCUGAGUUUGAGUCCUUCCACAGAAACACGUACUUCUUCAAUCACAUUCUCAACUUUGAUAUAACAAUGAAGGAGUGUUGUGACCUCUCUCAACUUUGGUUCAGAGAAUUCUAUUUAGAGCUCACCAUGGGACAGCGUAUACAGUUUCCCAUUGACAUGUCAUUGCCAUGGAUACUGACCGAUCACAUCCUCCAGAGUAAGGAGGCCUCCAUGAUGGAGUACAUCUUCUAUCCGAUGGAUCUUUAUUCCGAUUCCGCCCAUUACGCUCUCCAUCAUUUUAAGAAACAGUUUCUCUACGAUGAGAUUGAGGCUGAAGUUAAUCUUUGUUUUGAUCAGUUGGUUUAUAAACUAAGUGAACAGAUCUUCCUUUAUUAUAAACAACUAGCAGCAAGUAUAUAUCUUGAUAAAAGGUUCCGAGCUGAUUGUGUACCGGCUAAGUUUCCUCAUCCUUCUCCUAACAGAUACGAGACCAUAUUGAAACAGCGUCAUAUCCAGUUGUUAGGACGCUCCAUUGAUCUGACUAGUCUAUUGUCCCAGAGGCUAGGAAGCAACAUGUUAAAGGCCAUUGACACUGCUAUACAUGUUUUUGAGUCAAGGAACCUCUGUGGAGUUGUGGAAUUGCUUCAUCUACUUGAGAUCAACAGAUUAACUCACCAAAUGUUAUCAAAUUUUGUCGUACUUGAUCCGUUUGAAGCAAUGUACGCUGAGGCCAACAACUCAGUCGUCUCUCCUCACGGGAGAGUAACCCUUCACAUCUUCUGGGAGCUCAUUUAUGACUUUAUUCCUAACUAUUGCUACAAUUCAACUACCGACAGAUUUGUUCUCUCUCAUUUACCACAAGAGCCACCAGAGAGAGAGUCAGCUCCUAAAAGUCAAACGGUCACCACCAUGUUGUAUGGUAACAAACAACUGAAGGAGGCCUAUCAGAGCAUAUUCACUCUUUAUGGUGGAUUUGUUGGUUCCAUUCAUUUCAGUGCCCUCAGUAAACUAUUGGGAUAUCAUGGAAUAGCAAUGUUACUGGAGCAACUGCUUAACGUUAUUAAGAGCAGUAUUAUUCAGACUCAGUUAAAGCCUUAUGUUGAAGCACUGGUUGCUGGGUUACCACAAAAGUGUAAACUCCCUUUCUUUCAGUAUGGAUCCAAAGGUGUCCUAGGGUUCUAUUUAGCUCAAUUAGGUCCAGUCAUACAGUACAAGGACCUCAGGACUGACGUGUUUCAAGCUUUCAAAGAAUUAGGGAAUGCAGUGAUAUUCUCUCUCCUUCUUGAGAAGGCUCUCGGCCAGCAAGAGGUGGUGGACAUACUCCAGGCUGCACCUUUUCAAAACCUGUACCCUAAACCCUACGUGAAAGAUGAUCAGAAUAUGGAGACUGUAAUGAAGAACCUUGACCAGCAGUAUGCAGCACUGAACAUGGUGUCAAUGAUAUCACGUUAUGGUACCGAGCAACAAGGAGCUAAUGCUCGUGAUGCUGAAUUACUCACGAGAGAGAGACUCUGCCGGGCUCUAUCAAUGUUUGAACUAGUCAUGCAAAGAAUCAAAUCAUUCCUCACCUGUGACCCUAUAUGGGAGGGCCCCCCACCGGCUAAUGGUGUGAUGUCCAUUGAUGAGUGUCAGGAGUUCCACAGACUAUGGAGUGCUAUACAGUUUGCUUACUGUCUGCCUCCCACUAAAGGAGAAAUUACUAUCGAGACUCUGUUAGCUCAAGAGAAGAGAUUCGCUUCUUUGGACUUCUCUUAUCACUUGCUUCGUGUUCAUGAGUUUGAUGGACAAGAUGGAAAUGUACAAGGAAUUGAUCUUAAGCAGAUGAUAAAGCGUAUCAAAGUCUAUCGUGAUCUUAAUAAUCAAAUUUUUGUUAUAUUAAACAAACAUUUAUCUAGCAGUGAUAUACUUCAGAGACAAGUUAGGGAGUAUCAGCCUCCAAUAUUCCAGGCCACUCAGGCAUGAGAGUAUGGGAGUAUGGGAAUGAAUCUUUAUAAACUCCUAGUUAUUAUACUGUACUCGUUGUGAUUAGUUUGUGUUUUUAAUGAAUCAUAUAACUAAUAGUAUAGUAUUAAAUUAAUUGUAUCCUCCUCUUCUAGUUUUCUUUAUUGGUACAUGU